AUGGCCUCCUCGCCACCUGAGGGCCAAGGCCUCAGCAUGAUGUGGUGGGCUGCUCGCAAUCCACCCGCCAACCCUACAACAUCCUUCGCUGGAAAAACCAUCCUUAUCACUGGAGCCAAUGUCGGACUUGGAUUCGAAGCUGCCCUCAAGUUCGCCACGUUAGGUGCCUCCCGUCUGAUACUCGGAGUGCGCUCCCUCAACAAAGGGAACAUAGCCCGAGAGAAGAUAAGCCAGCAAACCGGAUACAAUGCAAACCGAAUCGUACUCUACGAAUUGGAUAUGAGCGUCUUCUCAUCUGUCACAAAAUUCACAGAGCAAGUUGCCAAGGAAUCUCGCCUUGACAUUGCGAUUCUCAACGCGGGGCUUGUCGCUCCAUCAUACAAGCUUAGUCCGGAGGGUUAUGAGAUGUCUAUCCAGGUCAUGGUUCUCUCAACGGCACUACUCGCUAUCCUACUCCUGCCACAACUUCAAAGAUCCGCACAGAUAGCCGGCACUCCCGCCCAUAUGGAGUUUGCUGGCAGUAUCGCCGGUCGUGGUAUCAAAUCUGAUACUUUCUCGACAAAUACCAAGAUUCUCGACCAUGUCAACCAAAUAUCUUUCUUCGGUGCUCAAAGGCAAUACGGCGUGGCUAAACUUCUGUUACUUUACGUCUUGGAUGGCCUUGUGGACUCACCUUCGAAGGGUAGAUAUCCCGGCGUUAUUAUCAAUGCAGUCUGCCCUGGGCCUUGUCGAACAAGCUUAGGCCGGGACUUUCCUACUUUGUUGAAGAUUCCAAUGGCCGCGUUCCACGCCAUGUUUGCUCGUACGGCCGAAGAAGGGGCUAGGAGCUAUGUGAGCGGAGUUGCUAUGGGUCUCGAGAGCCAUGGCAAAUUCUGGAGUGCAGACAUGUUUUUUGAUAAGGGCGAGAUGGUUACUAGUUCACAGGGCAAAGAGCUGCAGCAGAAGGUAUGGCAAGAGAUUCUCGACGUGCUGCGGCCGCACAUCCACGAAGAAAAUCCGAUUAUUGCGUGA